GCGCGGUGUGUUAAGAUCGAAAAAUCGUGGAAUCCGGUGGUGUUUUUAAGUGAUUUGAGAAACAUAAAAAAAGCAGAAUCGUUGGAAGAACGAUGAAAACUGGAUAUGGAUUGUCCACUGGCGACUCACUUGGAUAUCUUGGAUACUCGGCGAAGCCUUACUCAUCUUUGCCAUAUAGUGGAACCACAAGCAAAGGACAUACGUCGUUGACGAGUGGUUUAAAAUCUUCGAAAUACAGCAACGAUAAAGAUGCAAUUUCUUCACGUGUGAGAAAACCGAAAACGAGGAAGCUUUCCGCGUCGGACAAAAUUGACACCCCAUUAUACAAGAAGAAAACCUACGAUUUCACAGAUUACGCUUACCGCGAAGCGGUCAAUCGAUUGAAAUUUCUUUUGACGGAGGCAUACGAACCCACGAAAUUCGCCACUUCAGUAUACUAUCGUGGCGUGGAUGACACCAAAUCGGAAACAUCAGAUAAUCAAUCUGGCAUUGAAAGACCAUCAAUAACUGAGGUUUCAAAAUAUUUCAAUCCUGGCGCUGUUUCGAGAUAUAAUGCCGGAGCAAGUAGUGGACGGCGGUAUAGUUUUUUAACUAAGGAUCCACCCGGUGGAUCGAUUUUGAAACCGGCUGUGUCCACAGCUAGCUUGCAGCCGCCACCGUCAGUUUGCAGUGUUUCACAGAACUUUGAAGUCGCCCAACCUCCGCCAGAACUUCUCGGUUUUAUUGAGAAACAGGAAAACUAUAUUGAGCAGUUGGAGAGGGAAUCCCAGUACUGUAGGGAAGAACUCUCCACACUUCUGAAGAAGGUUAAGGAUGUCGUUUCGGAGAAUGAAGCCCUCACAGAUCGUGCUCGAUCAAAAGUCUUGUACCAGGUAGAUUCAUCGGAGAGUGAGGACUUGGAUCUGGACCGAUUGCGGGAGAAGGCAAAACUCUCCGGACCCAACAUUGUGUUUGAGUCGCGGAUAAGCGAGUUGGAGGCACAGCUAGCGCAGUCGCAGAUAGAUUUAAAAAAGCUGUUCACCGAGAACGAAGAAAACAAGCGCAAAUUAACGCAGGGCGCGAGCGAUGUCAGCUGCUCCGACGUUUACAGGAAACAAGUGGAGAACCUACAAAGGGACAAACAAAAUUUGGAAGAGAACGUACGCAAACUUCAGUUAACUAUCGACCAGUUGAAGGAUUCCGAGGCCACUAAUUACAGCAAGUCGCAACGGAGUCGAGAUAUGAUAGAGCACGUUGCUUUUGAGCGGAAUCAGGCGGAGAUUGAGAUACGUCGGUUAAAGGACGAGCUGGAACGUCAACAUGAGAGAGUUCGCGAGGUUCAACAUGAGAUGGCUAAGCGGCUCACCGAAGAACGUUCAAAUGCCGAGAGACGCUACACGUUCCAGGUGGAUCAACUGGGUGGCGAUUUGAGCAAUCAGUGGGAGCAGGCAACAAAACUUCAGCUAGAAGUGGAACGUAUGAAGCGCAUCGAGUCCGACUACAAACGGGAACUCUCCCAGAAAAAUUCCCAGAUGGAUGAGUUGAAGCUCGAGUUGAAGAACAAAACUGCAAUCUUCAUGUCCGACCUCAAUCAGGCUAGUGCGGAGAAGCAAUCUUUAGAGCAAGAGAUAACCUCUUUGAGAUUGCAACUGGAGCGAGCUGAGCGACAAUCGAAAGUGGAGAUGUCCCGUUUGAAUGCCGAAAUAACUUCAUUGCGGCAGCGUUUAGAUCGAGCAGAUGCUGAUUUACUUCAUUCGAAGCGAGAAAAUUUGAAACUUGCAGAUGAGGUUGCAUCCUUGGAGAAAGAGCUAACGCUUGGUGCUCUCAACAAGGAAACUCGACCGUCUAAAGAGUUGGCGAAGAUCAUUUCCGACAUGGAAGCCAAGCACACAUCCACCGUGUCAGAGCUCGAGGGCAUGGUUCAAGAUCAAAAACAGCUCAUGGAAAAACUAACUGCAGAAUGCAAAAGCUUAACUCAUAAGUUAGAGGACACGACACUGAAGCAUAAAAAUGAAAAGAAGGAGUUGAGGCAGACCAAUAAUGAGCUUAUGGAUCGGUUGAAACAAGUAUGGUUGAACUAUAAAGAGAUAAGCCCUGCUUUCCAAACCCGGAAAUGUAGCACUGAACAGUUGGAAUCGGACUCCAAUAUCUCUUCAACGUCCAAUAAUGACUCGAAGGCCCUAAAACCGCGUCACGACCCGGCAGCAGUACCGCUCAGUAUGUGCCCGUUAGAUCAAUACAACAGGCGGAUAGUGGCGUCGUCGCGAGAUCUGCCGCACAGCCACCGACAGGCAGGGCCUCUCGACCCGGAUCGCAGUCAUCUGAUAAGCAGUACGCCGGUGGAAGGCAACAGCCACACGGCGAGCUUUCACGAACCAGUUCCGCCAAUGACUACAAUGAGCCCAAAGGCAACAAGUACUCCGACGAAAAGCGAAGUGAUUCACGACUGUCGCGACAAUCGAUAUCCAAUGAAGACACUGUGUCAAAACUACAAGGAAAGGAGUCGGAGUUUGGACAUACUGACACUGAGCGAUCAUCCAGGACCGGUGAUAACACAAUCGCUAAACCAGACGGCACCAGCAGCAGUGGUCGAUUAUCUCGCGAGUCCGUUAUUGGAAGCGACCGAGCGUCUCGACAAUCGAUCAGACAACAACAGCAACCAUAUGUCGAACCAGUUCAUCCAAAUACCCAGUAUGAGUCCGAACGCAAUGCCGAGGUGGAACAAUAUCAACCAUCCGCGACCGAUCAAUAUCAGCCAGCCGGUGAGGUGUACGAUGAAAAUGUCGGAUAUGACCCUGCCCAAUACGAUCCCUCACAGCAAUACGAUCAGAGCCAGUACGAGGGAUAUGCAGACCAGCAGUACGCACCGGAGUCAUACGAUCAGCAAGGCUACAGUGAGCAACAGUACCAGGAUUAUCAGCAACCAUAUGAUGCACAGCAGUACCCCCUUGAGCAAGUAUAUGAUGAAUCAAACUAUCCCACCACAAUCACAGAGCCCCGAACACAGCAACCAACACAGCACGUACCAGCCAACGAACCAGUGCCACUGGAACAAGCAGAAAGCAAUCGAAAUGUGGGGUACUCACGCAACCGAGGACCCUCGGGAGCCUCCAAUCCUCAAUCCGGAGGAACACCAAACGGAUCUAAGCAGCCACAGCAUAAACAGCCAGCAAGCGGCGCCACUAAAUAGAAACUACUGUCGCAAUAGUUUACCCCGCCAGCUACCACAAAGCUGUGAUUUCCAAUCCAUAGAUUCUUACCCUAGUCUCAGCAUCAGUAGUCCCAGUUUGUUUGAUACUAGUCCGGAGUCUAGUCUAACGCCAUCUCCUUCGACUACUGUUCUUAACAACUAUAGUGCUGCUAGUCCUAAUCCUCCAUAGUGAUGUUCUUCAUAGUCUUUUCAAAAUCACGCGCUCAAAAACGGCUGCAAAUUUUUCCAAACGCACCAAAAAUUUCAUUGUUUUCAUGAUAGUUUUUUGUUUGAAAGAUGUCAUAUUGUUUGCA